AUUCCAAUUGUGUACCAGGCGUUCUACAUAGUAAUUCCGACGAUCAGCAUUUUUGGAAAUGCAUUCAUCGUUUACGUCACCAUUCGCUCAAAUAGCAAGGACCAUCGAGUACGUCAGGAUAUCUGCGUCUACAUGCAAGCAAUUCCAUUGCUUGGGUGUUUCUUCUCGUCUUUGAUGCUUCUCUACCUAGCAUUGGAUCGAUUACUAUCAUUGCACAAAAUCUACCUCAUCAUAGACAAUCUGUACAAGAAGCCUUACAUGACAAUACUGAUUCUCUCAGCGUUCUUGUAUGCACUCGCCAUCGUUACCUGGGUUUUUGCUAAUAGAACGUCGACAGAGACAAUCAUUUGUUUUAUCACAUCACCAAUCACCGGCUUGGUUUAUGAUGUGAUGAUUAAUUCCAUUGUGGUCUUCAAUAUCCUGAUUAUUAUUUGUUACAUUUUGUUUAUUUGUUUUCUAAACAAAAUUGGAACAAGUAGCACAAAUAUGAAGCAGAUUUAUCGCUCGCUGAUCGUCGUCAGCCUGACAACGGUGUUUGGUUGGUUCAGCACGAUUAUCAUUGUAUUUGUCGCCAACCUUCUGCAAAUUGAAAUUGAGCUACUGUACGUUCAACUGCUGGCUGGACUUUUCGUGAAUUUUGCAUGUGCUGCGAAUUUCUUCGUCUAUUAUGUGAUGAGGAGUUUGCUUGUUUUCAAUAACAUAGCAAGCAUGUGUUGGUGGGAUACGUGCUCAAUUACCAACUAUACGGAAACGGCUGGAACAUCCAUUGCUCCUAGCACGGAGAUGGAAAUUGUGCACGGAUAUUCGGAAUUCAGAAAAUCGCUAUUCAUCCAAAUUGAUUCUAGUGUGGAGGCAGCUUUUUUCGGUCCCGAGAAUUGUGUGACUGUUGCUGAAUCCGCCAUGUAA